AUGCUCUUACUGUAUAGUUUCAGCUUGGACUGGGCCCUAGUCUGGUUUGUCAUCUACGCCAGCCAUUACAAAAAGUCAACACCAAACAGAAGUAGACGCCGGACAUGGAGCUGCCGGAGCCGCCGGAGUGCCCGGUGUGUCUUCAACCCUACGACGGCGAUUCCACAACCCCUCGCGUCCUCGCCUGCGGUCACUCCGCUUGCCAGACCUGCCUCAAACUCCUCCCCCAACCCUUCCCUCACACCAUUCGCUGCCCUGCUUGUACCCAACUCGUCAAGUACCCUCAUCCCCAAGGCCCCUCCGCUCUCCCCAAGAACAUCGAUCUCCUCCGCCUCGCCUCUCUUCUCCAAUGCCCAGAUCAUCAAAAUCCCCAAAACCCCCCAAAACCAAUCGAAAAACAGUCAAUUCCGAUCCAUUUUAUACCCAAUUUGUGGUCUCAUGAGUUUUAUCUGGCAUGGAAGGACUGGGUUGUUCCCGAGGACGCUUUAGUGGUUGAAUUUAGUGCUGAAGAUGGUUUGUGUUCUGUGUUUUGUGGAAGAAUUGUGGGUUCUUCUUUGGAUUCUUGGGGAUUGUCUGUAAGGUGUUCGAUGAAAGGGAAUGAAAAGGUGAGUCUUGUUAGAGUUGGUGGUUCUUUAUGUGAGAAUGAUUCUAAGUUUAAUUACAGUUAUGUUGCUAAAGUUUUGUGGGUUUUGUAUGGGAUGACGGAUAGGCAAUUGGGUUUGAUUUUGAAGGCGUCUUGUUCGAAACAGAGUCAAAUUUGUAAGGUAUAUGGGCUGUGGUGUAAUCCGGAUGAUCAGGGUGUGUACAUAGUGUGUGAGAGGUAUGCGGGGAGUUUUUUGGAGAAGUUUGGUGAUUGGAGAAAUGGGUUUGUUGGUGAAAAUGAAAGUAAUGGUUUGUUAGAUACCACAAAUUUUGCAAUGAUUGGUAUGGAGAUAUGUGAAUCAGUGAGUGCUCUACAUUCAGAAGGAUUGUUUAGUGGUUGUUUGGCUGUAAGGAGCUUUAAUUUUGAUGAUUUUGGCCAUGUUCAUAUUGACUUGAAUGAAGCCUUGGUGAUGAGUAGUAGAGUUUGGAAGAUGAUUACCAAGGCUAUUCUGGGUGCAAAGAAAAGGAAAGAAUUGGAAGUAAGCUUAAGAAACGAUGCGUCAGAAACCCUUGAAUUUGUUAGUCCAGAGCUAUUGUUUGAGUUACUGCAGAAGAAUGCAAUUGACAUAGAAUGUGGGUCAAAAUUUGAGGUUGGCUAUGGCUCAGAUGUCUGGUCCUUAGCUUGUGUAUUGCUUUGGCUUCUUAUUGGAGAACCAUUUACUGAACUGAUGGGCAAUUAUUUGCACUGUUUCGUACCAAUACCAAGUGAUGGAAAGGGUUCUGAUUAUGCAGGAUUGUAUAUGAAUUGGAUGGAGAAAGUUAGGACUUCAUUAGAAACUAAAUUGGUUUCAGAGUUUGUACCAUUGCAGGAGAUCCUAUGUGGAUGUUUGGAAUUUGAUCCAGGGAGUCGACCAGAUGUGAUUGAUGUGUGGAAAUGCAUCAGGGAAUUGAUUAUUAAACCAAAAUUCGAUAUCAUGGUCAGUUUAGCUCGGGCGAUUGAAAAGAACACUGGGCAUUGCUUGUUUCUUGGAGAACUGAGUCAGUUACGAAAGGAAACUAACAAAAUAUUGGAAAAGCAGUUGGUAAAUGACUUGCAGGAGAAAGAUGAUAGUAAUAGAGGAGAUGUUGAUCAAGUUGGGGAAGUAAUGGUUGACAAAGAUCUUGUUGAAGGCCUCUCCGGGGGUCAUGUCAAAUGUAUUGAUCUGAAGGGCCAUCUGGAUUGUAUUUCAGGAUUAACCGUUGGAGGUGGUUUCCUUUUUAGUUCCUCCUUUGAUAAAACGGUCCAUGUAUGGUCUCUGCAGGAUUUUACUCACUUGCAUACAUUUAGGGGUCAUGAGCAUAAAAUUACUGCUAUAGUUUUCACAGAUGAAGAACAACCAUUGUGCAUAAGUGGUGAUAGUGGAGGUGGCAUUUACAUCUGGGGUAUUACUGAUCCAUUUGGUCAAGAACCAAUAAAGAAACUGUUUGAGCAAAAAGAUUGGCGCUAUACUGGUAUUCAUGCCCUUGCCAUUUCUGGAACUGGAUACCUAUAUACUGGCAGUGGAGAUAAGUCAAUAAAGGCAUGGUCCUUGCAGGAUUACUCUCUGUCAUGUACUAUGAAUGGGCAUAAGUCAGUUGUCUCUACUCUAGCAGUUUGUAACGGGGUUCUUUAUAGUGGAAGUUGGGAUGGAACUGUCCGGUUAUGGUGUCUUAGUGAUCACAGUCCUUUGACAGUACUCGGGGAAGAUACACCUGGAAAUGUGACCUCUGUUUUGUCUCUUGCUGCUUACGGGGAUGCUCUUGUUGUGGCUCAUGAGAAUGGGUGUAUGAAGAUUUGGAGAAAUGAUGUGCUUCUGAAAUCCAAGCAAGCUCACAAUGGUGCCAUUUUUUCUGUUGGAAUGGAGGGGAAGUGGCUUUUUACAGGGGGUUGGGACAAGGUUGUUAAUGUGCAGGAACUAUUAGGGGAUGAGUUUGGAAUUGAUGCCACGAGCCUUGGAUCUAUUGCCUGCGAUUCUGUUAUAACGUCUCUCUUGUACUGGCAAGGAAAGCUUUUUGUUGGACGAGCUGAUAGAGUAAUUAAGGUAUACUUUUAUGGAUUGUAAUGGAAGUCUCACUUGAAGGAUCAUGUGGACGAAUACAACAUAUGAAGAUGCAUGCUGGUGGCCACGGGCACGAUGAGCAGGACAAGUGAACACAACUAUUGUUUUGGUAAUGUGGAUAAUUUGUAUAGAUUAGAAGUUGUUUAUUUGCAUACCAUAUUAAGUCACUAUUCAAGAAAAGAAAUAUAGUAAGAUAAAUGAUAUGUGUAGAGUAUAGCUUGCAAAGAAACUGGAUCACACGGUAUUUGGUUUGUCUGAAAGAUGAUAGGUAAUUUGUAUACGAGAUUUUUGAUUGAAAAUAUAUGUUGUCCUUUUCUUCUCUUUUCU